GCUUAUCCUAUCCUAUUAUUCUAAGCCGUCCAUUUCUUUGAUGCCUCUAUCUUCCCGCCAGACUUGUUUUCUUGCGCCAAUGUAUUUUACAUUCUAAAUCACAUUCCUUUCUCUUUCUUCACGACGUCUCUCACCUUAACUUUCUUACUUUCCUUACUUAUUACACCUUACCAUACUUUACCUAUAAUGCCGUCUCCAUAGAUUCACAUCUACAACACAAGUAAGCACAUACGCGUCAGAAUUACGUGUCUCCCUUUCCCAGGGCGUGUUGAGGCUUCUCGUUCUUGACUCAACAUGGACGACAGUAAACUCACUCCGGCAAAUAUGGAUGUGCCUGGUGGCUUCCCCGAGACGCCCUCUCGUACCUCGCUUCAUCAGCAAACCCCUACCGGUAGAGAGUUCUCACUUGCACCAAACCAAGGAUCCUCUACUUCGGCUACCAGAACUCAACAUGGCAACGAUGAGACUUUCAAUUCUGCUCAACUUCAUCGUCGGUUAAACGAUGCACAUGUCGAUGGCCCUGCCGAGGCCUUUUCUGGCCAAAUUAAUAGACCGAGCGAAGCUAGUCCCUCCUCAUCUGGACAACCUGUUACUACAAACCCUGGUGAAUCAUCAUCUGAUGAAUCCGAGCAGACAGAGGUUGAACCUCGCUUCGAACCUAUUAAGUCGACGGCAGAGCAACCGCAUCUGGAACGCAAGCAGAGUCAUGCUAGGACUGAGGAUGAGAUUUUUCAGGUACUGUCGCGGCGUCGAAGUACCGCCUCCGGCGCCGAGUCUCAGGAGGAUCAUGAUGAAAUUGAACGACUAAUGUCCCGUAUGUUUGGUCAAGCUCGUCAACAACACAGCGAAGAAGAAAAGACGAGACAUGCGGGUGUAAUCUUCCGUAAUCUCACGGUCAAGGGAGCUGGCCUGGGAGCCAGUUUGCAACCUACGAUUGGAGACCUCUUUCUCGGACUACCCCGGUUUAUGAAGAACCUGUUGACCAAAGGACCGAAGGCUGCUCUCGCCAAGCCUCCUGUACGGGAACUCCUCAGUAACUUCAAUGGCUGCGUCCGACCAGGAGAGAUCCUGCUUGUUCUUGGCAGACCCGGUUCCGGUUGCACGACGUUCCUCAAAACCUUUUGUAACCAGCGAGCGGGUUAUGAAGCAGUCUUAGGCGAUGUUACCUAUGGUGGUACGGAUGCCAAGCGCAUGGCCAAAGAUUUCAGAGGGGAGAUCAUCUACAACCCGGAAGAUGAUCUGCAUUAUGCCACAUUGAAAGUCAAGGACACCCUCACCUUCGCUCUCCGUACCCGGACUCCCGGGAAGGAGUCGCGAAUGGAAGGCGAGAGCCGGGAGGAUUAUGUGAGGGAGUUUCUUCGAGUAGCUGCCAAGUUGCUCUGGAUCGAACACACCAUGGACACCAAAGUUGGUAACGAAUAUGUUAGGGGUGUUUCCGGCGGAGAGCGAAAGCGUGUCAGUAUUGCUGAGGCUCUCAUCACCCGAGCCAGCGUUCAGGGUUGGGACAACUCGAGUAAGGGUCUCGAUGCAUCGACUGCUGUCGAGUACGUCCAGUCGUUGCGAGCCCUUACAAACAUGGCUCAAGUCUCGACCGCGGUUUCGCUAUACCAAGCUGGAGAGUCUCUGUACAACCUCGUCGACAAAGUGUUACUGAUUGACCAAGGUCAGUGUCUGUACUAUGGUCCUUCCGAUCGUGCGAAACAGUAUUUCAUCGAUCUCGGAUUCGAGUGCCCAGAACGAUGGACGACAGCCGACUUUCUUACCUCCGUUACCGACCCCCAUGAGCGCAGUGUCAAGUCCGGUUGGGAAGAUCGGAUCCCUCGAUCAGCUCAGGAUUUCGCCGAUGUUUACAGAAAAAGUGAGGCCUACCAACUCAAUCUUGAAGACAUCAAAGACUACGAAGUCAAGCUUGAAGAGGAGCAACGUGUCCGAGCCGAAAACCAAUCGAAGAAGACCCAGAAGAAGAACUACACUAUACCAUUUCACCAGCAAGUGACCGCUCUCACCCAACGUCAAGCCUUGAUUAUGUUGGGCGACAAGGCUUCACUAGGGGGUAAAUGGGGUGGCAUUGUGUUCCAGGGUCUUAUUGUUGGCAGUUUAUUUUACCAGCUCCCAGGUACAGCAGGUGGCGCCUUCACACGAGGUGGUGUCUUGUUCUUCAUCUUGCUGUUCAAUGCCUUGUUAGCUCUUGCGGAGCAGACAUCCGCAUUCAUGUCUAAGCCCAUCUUGCUCAAGCACAAGAACUUCUCCUUCUACCGGCCUUCCGCUUACACACUAGCACAAACCGUUAUGGACGUGCCGUUAGUCUUCAUCCAAGUCACGUUGUUUAAUGUCAUCAUUUACUGGAUGGCAGGACUAUCGGCUACCCCAUCCCAGUUCUUCAUCUCCAUGCUAAUUCUCUGGAUGACAACAAUGACGACCUACGCCUUCUUCCGCGCAAUUUCAGCAGUUUUCAAAACCUUGGAUGACGCCACCAAGGUGACCGGUGUUGUCCUCCAGAUCGUCAUUGUCUACACCGGAUACCUUAUACCGCCAAAAUCCAUGCAUCCAUGGUUUGGAUGGUUACGAUGGCUCAACUGGGUGCAGUAUGCUUUCGAAGGUCUCAUGGCCAACGAGUUUUACCGACUAGAGCUAGACUGUGUGAAUCCAUAUCUUGUCCCGGUGGUCCCAGGUGCUACAGCACAGUAUCAAUCGUGCACAUUGGCAGGCUCAAAGCCCGCGCGCACCAGUGUCAAUGGCGCCGAUUAUAUCGAAGCAUCCUUUAACUAUUCGCGCGAGCAUCUCUGGAGAAACUUUGGUUUCUUAUGGGCUUUCUUCCUCUUCUUCCUCGCAGUAACAAUGAUCGGAAUGGAAAUGAUGAAGCCCAACGCGGGAGGUGCAGCCGUGACAGUUUACAAGCGUGGCCAAGUACCCAAGGAUCUUCAAAGGUCUAUCGAGACUGGUGGCCGCAAGGGCAACUCUAGCGAUGAAGAAUCCGGUCAAAGUGGCGAGAAAAUCCCUUCCGCUGAAGAUCCUUCUGCGGCACAAGGAAGACGUGAUGAAGAAACAAUGAAAAGUGUCGCAAAGAACGAAACAGUAUUCACGUUCCAGAAUGUCAAUUACACAAUUCCCUACCAAAAUGGAGAAAGGAAACUUCUGCAAGAUGUCCAGGGUUUUGUUAGACCUGGCAAACUGACAGCACUGAUGGGAGCUUCUGGAGCUGGAAAAACGACACUGCUGAACACCCUAGCGCAAAGGAUCAAGUUUGGUGUCGUCACUGGCGAUUUCCUCGUGGAUGGAAGGCCUCUUCCUAAGUCAUUCCAGAGAGCUACAGGUUUUGCUGAGCAACUGGAUAUCCAUGAACCAACGGCAACCGUUCGCGAGGCCCUUCAAUUCUCUGCACUCCUCCGUCAACCGAAAGAGGUUUCAAUAAAAGAGAAGUACGAAUACUGUGAAACGAUUAUCGAUCUACUUGAGAUGCAAGACAUAGCCGGCGCAACAAUUGGAACAGUAGGAGAGGGUCUAAAUGCGGAACAACGCAAGAGACUCACCAUUGGUGUCGAGCUUGCAUCUAAGCCAGAGUUGCUGAUGUUCUUGGAUGAGCCUACAUCUGGUCUUGACUCGGGAGCAGCAUUCAACAUUGUCCGAUUCUUGCGAAAGCUCGCAGAUGCUGGUCAAGCCAUCUUAUGUACUAUCCACCAGCCUUCUGCCGUUCUGUUUGAGAUUUUCGACGAGUUGAUCUUGCUCAAGUCUGGGGGCCGUGUGGUGUAUGCCGGCGAGCUCGGCAAGGAUAGUCAGAAGUUGAUCAACUAUUUCGAAUCCAACGGCAGCCAUAAAUGUCCUCCUGAUGAGAACCCAGCCGAGUGGAUGUUAGAGGCUAUUGGAGCGGGCAAUCCUGAUUACAAGGGUCAAGACUGGGGCGACGUUUGGCUGAACUCCAAGAAUUACCAAGAACAGUCCAAGGAAAUUGAGCAAAUGAUCGAAAAGCGCCGACACGUAGAGCAUUCGAAGAAUAUCCAGGACGACCGCGAAUACGCGAUGGACUUGUGGACCCAAACAGUCGCCGUCACGAAACGUUCCUUUGUUUCCUAUUGGAGAUCUCCCAAUUACAUCAUGGGUAAAGUGAUAUUGCACAUAUUUACGGGUCUUUUCAAUACCUUCACGUUUUGGCGUCUAGGAUCCUCCACCAUCGACAUGCAAUCUCGUCUAUUCUCGGUAUUCAUGAACCUCACUAUCGCACCUCCGUUGAUCCAGCAGCUCCAGCCCGUCUUCCUCAACUCGCGGAAUAUCUUCACGUCUCGUGAGAACAAUUCCAAGAUCUACUCCUGGUUCGCAUGGACUACUGCUGUGGUACUUGCAGAAAUUCCUUAUGCAAUUAUUGCGGGAGCCGUCUACUACAAUUGCUGGUGGUGGGGAAUAGGGGGUUACUCAAUGUUGGGCUUCCGAUCCGGUUUUGUCUUGCUCCUAACGAUACUUUUCGAACUGUACUACGUCGGAUUUGGUCAGGCCAUUGCAGCCUUCAGUCCUAACGACCUACUUGCUAGCUUGCUCGUCCCACUCUUUUUCCUCUUCGUCGUCUCCUUCUGCGGUGUCGCCGUACCCCCGGGCCAGCUCCCGUACUUCUGGCACUCAUGGAUGUACUGGCUCACUCCAUUCCAUUACUUAAUGGAAGCCUACCUGGCAACUAUUAUCCACAAACAGAAAGUAGAAUGUUUAGAAGACGAGUAUGCAGUCUUUAAUCUCCCACCAAACCAAACCUGUGACUCGUAUGCGGGUAGUUAUGUCCAGCAGGCUGGCGGAUAUGUGACUAACGGCACAACGCCGGACACCUGCCGAUACUGCCAAUACGCGACCGGAGAUGAGUUUGGAAAGCAGUUUAGCGUCUACUACGAGAACAUCUGGCGCGACUUCGGCAUUGUCUGCGGCUUUAUCGCUUUCAACUACAUCGUCAUCUUCAUCUCGACAUGGUGGCGGUUCAGGGGCAAGAAUCCUUUCAAGGGACUGCAGACGAAGCUAACGCAGAUGAAGAAAAAGUCGGGUUGACAAUAAAAAACAGGGAGUUGUAGGAAUAGGGGGCUGGAUCCGGUUGGACAGGGCUUAUUAAUUGCAUUACAUUCACUAAUAUUACACGUAGGGGUAGGGAACGAAUGGAUAGAUGCGACAAAUGAUCGUCGCGUAGAUAGGCUUCAUGAAUAAUUAGUCUAUUCUGUAUAAAUGUUAAUUUCCUCUAUAUACCUAUGUGAUCUGGUUUGGCUUUCGAUAUUGGAUUCA